AUGGAGGGGUUACUUAACUUGUCCAAUGUAUCCUUUGGAGAACAGGUUCUUUUUGUCAACAAACUUUAUGAUACUCCCCUUCAGACGCUCGAAGAUGCCCUUCUUCAAGUUUCGCACGUCUGUAUAACACAUGGUGAAACGGAAGUUCAAAACCUUUUGCGUAACUUUAUGCUAUGGCUUGCAGGACAAUCAUUUAGUGCAGCACUUAGACUAGGAUGGACAGUGGACUCCGUCUUGGGGACAUAUAACACCUUUGGACUAGGGGACCGUGUAAGAGAGAUUCAGGAUAAGAUAGAGAGCUUUGCUAUUAACCGCAAAGGUGCUGCUAGAAAAGGAAAUGAUGACGAAGUGACUGAGGCAGAGAUUGCGCAAAAAGAGAUGCGUUUAAAGCUGUACAAUGAUGAGAGAAUGUUUUUCAAUGUUAUCACUAAUUUGGGAAAUUAUCUACGUAAUUUUACCGAUAAACAAAGACGUCAAACAGAAUUGAAAAUUAGAUUACGUGAGAUUAAUGAGUUAUUGAGAACACAAUCUCUUAUAUUCCCCUUAGGUAAUAGUUCAGAUCCAGUCAAAUGGAUUGUAAAUAUUGCAGUUGAUGAUUGUGUAGUUUUUUCAUCUAGGGAACGAGCACCAUUUCUCUUGCGAUGUGAAGUUAUACUUGAUGAAACAGCAACUAUGAAUGAUCCAACUUCUUCAAAGUUACGACUACCUAAUGGUAAAUUCAAAAUUUCUCCUGAUUCUGAUGAGUUAUUAAGUACAUCAUAUUCUACUGAAAAUAAUGAAAAUCAAGGGGAGGUAAAUAAAAAGCGUGUAAUAGAAGGAAAUGGCUCCUUGGAGACACUUCAGUGUGCUUUUGGUGAAAUACCAGAAGAUCGUCUUGCACGCAUACGCAAAAAAUCUAUAUUUGGAAAUCAUCCAGGAUGGGGUAUAGCCUCUAUUAUUGUUAAAGCUGGAGACGAUUUACGACAAGAAGAGUUUGCUUUACAGUUGAUUGAUAUGUUUAACAGAAUAUGGAAAGAAGCUGGACUAACUUGCUCGGUUUAUCCGUAUCAUGCUCUUUCUAUUAGCGUGGAUUCUGGAAUUAUUGAGUGUAUAGAUGUUGCUUGCUCUAUUGAUGGGAUUAAAAAAGCUUGUCAAGUAUCUUAUCUUGCAGAAUUUUUUAAUGAGGCUUUCGGAGCAAAAGACUCUGAGACAUACCUUAAUGCACAACGAAAUUUUGUGGAAACAAUGGCUGGUUAUAGCAUUGUCUCUUAUAUGCUUCAGAUUAAGGACCGACAUAAUGGUAAUCUUAUGGUUACAAGCGAAGGACAUUUAGUUCAUAUAGACUUUGGUUUCAUGCUUGUUACAUCACCUGGAGGAAUAAAUUUUGAAUCAGCCCCUUUUAAACUUUCACAAGAUUUACUAGAAGUUAUGGGUGGUGUAGGUAGCGCUGCAUUUAAUUAUUUUAAAGUACUUAUGUAUCAAGGAAUGGUUGCAAUUCGUGACCGUGCAGACGAGAUUUUGGCUCUUGUGUCACUUAUGACCCCUUACAAUACCAUGCCUUGUUUUGGUAGUGAUCCUAUUGCAGCUGUUCAGCAACUUCGUUCUCGUUUUCGUUUUGAUUUGGAGACUGAAGCUGAUUUUGCUUUAUACGUGAAGGAACUUAUUAUGGGAAGUGUUGAUAAUUGGCGCACAAGGCGUUAUGAUCAAUUUCAAACCCUUCAAAACGGUAUCUUGUAG